AUGUCUUCUCAAAGCGCAAAGUCUAGUCAAAUGCAUUUUGGUGACAAUGGUGUGAUGUCAGGGAAUGAGGUGGUAUCUACACCAAUUAUUCUGAAAUCUCCAAACACCUUUUAUUUCUUAACACAAGAAGGAUUUUCAGUCGGACGACAAAAGUUGGAAAUUUACAACUAUUCAUCAUCAUCACCAAAUGCAUUUGGUGCCUCUGGGAAUGGUAACAUCAUCAUAGACUCGGGAACAACAUUGACAUACCUUCCACUCGAUCUUUAUGAGAAAUUAGAGUCGGCUGUUAAGAGCUCAAUUGGAUUGCAAAAUGUCUAUGCACACUUCACUGGUGCAGACGUGAAGCUGAAUCCUAUGAACACUUUCAUUAGAACAAGCGAUAACAUUGUGUGCCUCGCUUUCGCACCAGCAAAUAUUGCAAUCUAUGGUAAUGUGGCACAAGUGAACUUCUUGGUUGGUUAUGAUCUCAGCAAGAAAACUGUGUUCUUCAAGCAUACUGAUUGUGGGAGAGUGUUAUAA